AAACCCCAAACUCCAAACUCUUUCUCUAUUACGCGUUUCCUCAAACGUCCUCGAGGGAGACGACUUGCCCCCACCCCCACCUCCACCCCAAUCCCCGCUCAAAACCCUAACUCUCGCCGACAUGGCCGCCGAGUCCUCCCACCUCCACCACCAGCAGCAGCAACAGCUCGCCGCCAUCCUCGGCCCCGACUCCGCCCCCUUCGAAACCCUCAUCUCCCACCUCAUGUCCGCCUCCAACGAGCAACGAUCCCAGGCCGAAGUCAUCUUCAACCUCUGUAAACAACACGAUCCCGAUUCCCUCACCCUCAAGCUCGCCCAACUUCUCCAGCUCUCCCCCCACCCCGAGGCCCGCGCCAUGGCCGCCGUCCUCCUUCGUAAGCUACUCACCCGCGACGACGCGUUUCUCUGGCCUCGCCUCUCGCUCUGCACUCAGUCGUCUCUUAAAUCGAUUCUUUUAGCAUCUAUCCAAUCAGAGAAUGCUAAAUCCAUCUCUAAGAAGCUUUGCGACACCGUUUCGGAGCUUGCUUCUAACAUUCUUCCCGAUAAUGGAUGGCCUGAACUGUUGCCGUUUAUGUUCACGUGCGUGUCGAGUGACAAUUUUAAGUUGCAAGAAUCGGCGUUCUUGAUCUUCGCGCAGUUGAGUCAAUACAUCGGCGACACGUUGAUUCCUCAUAUUAAACACCUCCACGCUGUGUUUUUAAACUGUUUAACGAACUCCGUUAACUUUGACGUCAAGAUCGCCGCGUUGAACGCCGUUAUCAAUUUCAUCCAGUGCUUGACGAGCUCCUCGGAUCGGGACCGGUUCCAGGACCUGUUACCGUCGAUGAUGAGGACGUUGACGGAGGCUUUGAAUAACGGAAAUGAAGCGACAGCGCAGGAGGCUUUGGAGUUGUUGAUUGAAUUAGCGGGGACCGAGCCCCGGUUCUUGCGGAGACAAUUAGUGGACGUUGUCGGGUCCAUGUUGCAAAUAGCGGAGGCGGAGAGUUUGGAGGAAGGGACACGUCAUCUGGCGAUUGAGUUCGUGAUUACACUUGCGGAGGCGCGUGAGCGGGCCCCCGGGAUGAUGAGAAAGUUGCCGCAAUUUAUUAGUAGGUUGUUCGCGAUUUUGAUGAAGAUGUUGUUGGAUAUCGAGGAUGAUCCAGCGUGGCACACGGCGGAGACUGAGGAUGAGGAUGCUGGUGAGACGAGCAACUACAGUGUGGGACAGGAGUGUUUGGAUAGGUUGGCGAUUGCUUUGGGAGGGAACACUAUUGUUCCAGUGGCCUCUGAGCAGUUGCCAGCUUAUUUGGCUGCGCCGGAGUGGCAGAAACAUCAUGCUGCAUUGAUUGCGCUUGCACAGAUUGCUGAGGGUUGUGCCAAGGUAAUGGUAAAAAACUUAGAGCAAGUAUUGUCAAUGGUUCUGAACUCAUUUCAUGAUCCGCAUCCCCGUGUGAGGUGGGCGGCUAUUAAUGCAAUUGGGCAGUUGUCAACGGACUUGGGUCCUGAUUUGCAAAAUCAAUUCCAUCAAAGGGUUAUCCCAGCUCUAGCUGGCUCUAUGGAUGAUUUCCAGAAUCCCAGAGUACAGGCACAUGCUGCUUCAGCAGUGCUCAACUUCAGUGAGAACUGCACACCGGAAAUCUUAACACCCUACUUGGAUGGCAUCGUGAGCAAAUUGCUUGUUCUUCUGCAGAAUGGAAAACAAAUGGUGCAAGAGGGAGCCUUAACUGCUUUAGCAUCCGUUGCGGACUCAUCUCAGGAGCACUUCCAAAAAUACUAUGAUGCUGUUAUGCCUUACCUGAAAGCUAUUUUGAUCAAUGCAACUGACAAGUCUAAUCGCAUGCUUCGUGCCAAAUCCAUGGAGUGCAUUAGUCUGGUGGGAAUGGCCGUUGGAAAGGAGAAGUUCAGGGAUGAUGCUAAGCAGGUUAUGGAAGUGCUUAUGUCAUUGCAAGGAUCUCAAAUGGAGACAGAUGAUCCAACAACAAGUUACAUGCUACAAGCAUGGGCCAGACUCUGCAAGUGCUUAGGACAAGACUUCCUCCCUUAUAUGAGUGUUGUCAUGCCACCUUUGCUUCAGUCUGCUCAGCUUAAGCCAGAUGUAACCAUUACAUCUGCAGAUUCAGACAAUGAAAUUGAGGACUCAGAUGAUGAGAGUAUGGAGACAAUUACUCUUGGGGACAAAAGAAUAGGAAUUAAAACAAGUGUGUUGGAGGAAAAAGCUACAGCUUGUAACAUGCUAUGUUGCUAUGCUGAUGAGUUGAAGGAAGGAUUUUUUCCAUGGAUUGAUCAGGUUGCUCCAACGCUAGUCCCUCUUCUUAAAUUUUAUUUCCAUGAAGAAGUUAGAAAAGCGGCUGUAUCAGCAAUGCCGGAGUUACUGCGCUCUGCAAAAUUAGCUGUAGAGAAAGGCCUAGCACAAGGACGUAAUGAGUCCUAUGUAAAGCAGUUGUCUGACUAUAUCAUUCCAGCUCUUGUGGAAGCAUUACAUAAGGAACCAGAUACAGAGAUCUGUGCAAGCAUGUUAGACUCAUUGAAUGAAUGCAUACAGAUCUCUGGACUGCUUCUGGAUGAAGGCCAAGUCAGAUCCAUUGUGGAUGAGAUAAAGCAGGUUAUUACAGCCAGCUCAAGUAGAAAAAGAGAGAGAGCUGAGAGGGCCAAAGCUGAAGACUUUGAUGCUGAGGAGUCAGAGUUGAUUAAAGAGGAAAAUGAACAAGAGGAAGAAGUUUUUGAUCAAGUUGGUGAAAUUCUGGGAACUUUGAUCAAAACAUUUAAAGCCAAUUUCUUGCUUUUCUUUGAUGAGCUAUCCACAUAUCUGACACCUAUGUGGGGUAAAGACAAGACACCUGAAGAAAGAAGGAUUGCAAUUUGCAUUUUUGAUGAUGUUGCAGAGCAGUGUCGUGAGGCAGCUCUCAAAUAUUAUGAUACAUUUCUUCCUUUCUUGUUGGAGGCAUGCAAUGAUGAAAACCCAGAUGUUAGACAGGCAGCUGUGUAUGGACUUGGUGUUUGCGCGGAGUUUGGUGCAUCUGCAUUUAAACCGCUUGUUGGAGAGGCUUUAUCAAGGCUAAAUGUUGUUAUAAGGCAUCCUAAUGCUUUGCAAUCUGAGAAUGUGAUGGCAUAUGAUAAUGCUGUUUCUGCAUUGGGAAAAAUAUGCCAGUUUCAUCGUGACAGUAUUGAUGCAGCUCAGGUUAUUCCUGCAUGGUUAAACUGUUUGCCAAUAAAAGGCGACUUAAUUGAGGCCAAAGUUGUUCAUGACCAACUUUGUUCAAUGGUAGAGAGGUCGGAUGGGGAUCUUUUGGGUCCCAAUCAUCAAUAUCUUCCUAAAAUAGUUGCAGUAUUUGCUGAGGUUCUAUGCGGUAAGGAUCUAGCAACAGAACAAACUGCAAGCCGGAUGGUGAAUCUGCUGAGGCAGCUUCAGCAGACUUUGCCACCAGCUACCUUGGCCUCAACAUGGUCAUCCUUGCAGCCCCAACAGCAGCUUGCUCUGCAAUCAAUCCUCUCAUAACAGGACCUUUUGAAGCACUUAGCAAGUAGCUGGUUUUGGAAAAGACGCAUGGUCCGACCUGGCCUGUGUGUGUUGAAAAUAUAUUUAUUACCCAUUCUUUUUCCAUAAGGUGGUUAUCGUCAAAAGUUGUCAUUGCAUGAUGUUUGACCGCAACACAGCAUUGGUUUGAUUGAGCUUGAAAGUCAAGUCAAGUCAACAUUGCGAUUGAAUGAAUUGAAUUUUGUGUCUGGUUGUAGAAUGUGUAUAUUAGAAGUGUUAAAUCUAUGAUCCUAGAUUGAGUCUGGAAGAAGAAGAAGAAGAAAAAGGUUGUAUUGUGGUUUUGUGAAGGGUUUUGUCGAGGUUGUCUUGUGGGCGAGGCAACUCCUAUAGCAGUUUUGAUCCCAUUGUGGUUGUUCUUUGAUAAUUUCCUUACAUACAUACAAACUUGUGAUUGUGAUUAUAUUUAAACUGAAAUUUUGGAUGGUGAUUCUUUUAUUACGUUUGCAAAAUGCAUUUCAGUUUU